UUAAUUAUUAUUAUUAUUUAAUCGAUUAUUCUGAUAAUAAUAAAUUCGCCGCAAAUCGCGAAGUUUGUCCGCUCGAUGAUAUUUUGUUCGCAUGACAUUCGCAUUUCUUCAGGAUAUAUGUGACAUGACCGCGAAGAGACGUAAUGAUCGAAAUUGCGCGACACGAUAUCACGAAUAAGAUAUCGUCCUCGAGGUAAUCUAGUAAUAUCGUAGAGGUGACGACGGCGGCGAAUCGUUGUGACGAGGGUGGAUCAUGUUCGCCGUCGUGAACAAUGUCAGAUUCACGUGCAGGCUUUGGUUCGCUUGUCGACUUCACGGAUCGAGGUUGUCGUCGACGUCAACUAGUAAAAUCCCACAAUCGUCCGAAGCAAAAGCUGCUAAUGUCGCAACAUGCAAAACGACUCCAACAGCGACUAAGGACGUACCAAGGGUACAAACAGUUCGCGUGUACCGAUGGAAUCCGGAAACGCCAAACGUGAAGCCGUAUAUGCAACAAUUCAGCGUGGAUCUGAAUAAAUGCGGUACAAUGGUGCUGGAUGUGCUGGGACUGAUCAAGGCACAGCACGAUCCAACGUUGUCCUAUAGAAGAUCCUGUCGCGAGGGCAUCUGCGGAUGUUGCGCAAUGAACAUAGAUGGUGUCAACACCUUGGCUUGCAUAACAAAAGUGAAAGAAUCUCCAAAACCACUGGUAGUAUAUCCUUUGCCGCACACGUACGUGAUUCGGGACUUGGUGCCGGACAUGGAACAGUUUCUAGAUCAGUUUCGGCAGAUCGACCCGUAUUUGAAGCGACCAGGCGAAGACAAUUUCCUCGGUAUGCGACAGAUCUUGCAGAGUCCGAGGGAUAGGCGCAAGCUCGACGGCUUGUACGAAUGCAUAAUGUGCGCUUGUUGCACGUAUUCGUGUCCCCCUUAUUGGUGGCUCGGCGACAAGUAUUUAGGUCCUGCGGUUCUAUUGCAGGCAUACAGAUGGGUGAUAGAUUCACGAGAUAUGGCGCAUAAAGAGAGGCUAGCGAAGCUACGAGACUUUUAUUCCGUCUAUCGAUGUAAGACGAUCUUCAAUUGCACCAAGACAUGUCCAAAGGGUCUAAAUCCAGGAAAAGCAAUUGCGCAGCUGAAACGUUUAUUAGCAGGACUUAUGAAGAAAGAAAAGCCAGACUUCGAGACAACGCUUCCAGAUCCCUGCAAAAAGGAGUAAAUAAAAAAACUAAUAGACAAUUCUAGACGGUUGUUCACUUCCUUUUUAUUGUAUAGUGCUGUCCAUUGUUUUGAAUAA